UACUAAAUAUACCAUAGACCUACGACUGAGUAUAAGGUAUUAAGUUCUAUGAAAUAUACUUGGGUAUUUUGUAGUAUUACGUCCAUGAGAUUUGAAAGAAAAAAUGGCGGGAUAUUCCACAUCACUACUUGCAAGUAUAUGAGUUACGACCACAACCAUGGUUACUAAUACUUUUUAAAUCCACGACAUUAGAUAUCGCUAUUUGCUAUCACGCCGAUAAUCACACGACAACAUAAUUUAAGAUAGCACUAUAAUAAAUUAUGAUAGCGGGGAAUUUUCAAAAAAAAAACUCGUCGUCAUACUUUUUUAGUGUAACCAUAUUUUAUAAUGAUUCUGUAGUUAAAAUGGAUAAAACCGCCGUAUUCAAAGCAUACGUUAAAACCAUCAAAACGAGAAACAGAGCAUUCGGGUCCCCAGCACCGCCACAAGUGGAUAUUCUGAAGCAGCGUAAACCACGUAGAGACGAAUUUUCUCGUAGGGCCAAAGAAAUUGUCAACGAUCUAAUCAAGUUGACAGACUUUUUGAACCGUCACUUUAAGGACUAUAUCGAUGUCCAGGCUUUUAACCAGCAAACUUCGUUAACGGACGCAGACCGUGACAAAAUCGACAUCGGUGCUCAGCAUAUUAUCAAAACAUGCAGUCAACAGUUGGUCCUGCUAAAAAAGAGUUUGACCGGUGAUGGUAGUCAAAUCGAUGAUCAUAGACGGCAGAUCAUACGUUAUGUUGAAUGGCGGCAAAAAUCUGUCACCAAAUUGUUUGCCGAGAUUAAAGCAACACGAGCGCAAAGGUGUCUAGAGUAUGAAAAUGUUUCAAAGUUGAGCAACUUGACUCACGGUUUUGAACCCCCAAAAGAAACCAAUAACGCAAACUUUGUUGAUUAUGAAGCAGCUGAUCGACAAUAUGCCGCUCAACAAGAUGAUGAAUUAUCACCAGAAGAAUUGCAAAUGUUUGAAGCCGAAAAUAUAGAAAUGUACAACGAAUUAAAUCAAUUAUCAAAUGAAGUAAGAAAUAUAGAGUCUAAGGCUGUACGAAUUGCUGAAUUGCAAGAAUUGUUUACUGAAAAAAUACUGGAACAAGAUCAGGAUCUUGAGAGAAUUGACACAAUUGCAGUGAAUACCACUGAGAACAUUGUUGAUGCUAAUACUGAAAUCAGAUCAGCUAUACAAACCAAUGCUGGUCUUAGAGUAUAUAUAUUAUUUUUUAUAUUAGUACUUUCAUUUACCUUACUAUUUUUAGAUUGGUACAAUGAUUAAAUGUGAUGAAAUAUUUUACCAAAACCAAAAAUUACUAAUAUGUUCAAAAUAUUGGUAUUGUAGAACAAGUAAUAAUUUGU